GAGGUUGUGAGUCAGUUUAGACCUGUGCGGCGCUCCGUGCAGAUAACACCCACCUUGCUACUGGUAUAAGAGAUGACUCUGACGCUUCUCCUCUUCCUGACCUCCGGUUGCCCCGUGGCCGUCCUCGCUAGGUACACCUACCUCAACACCUCUGGGGACAUCAUGCUGGGAGGACUGUUUCCUGUCCAUGGCAACGGCAGGGGCGUCACAGAGUGUGGAGGUAUACAGGUAGAAGAAGGACUGCAAAUGUUGGAAGCUAUGCUGUUUAUAGUCAAUGAAAUCAAUGAAAAUGAGGAACUCCUUCCUGGAGUAAAACUUGGAGUGAUAGCUUAUGACACUUGUGAUAGUCCAGCCUACGCUUUGGAGCAGUCACUGGACUUCAUAAAAGGCUUCAUAGCUCAUUUCAAUGCCAAUGAGUACCACACUGACCACCCUAAAGAGUUUGUCUGUGAAGACAAUACAGCUCCAAUGUACAGAGGAGGUAAUUUCGAUAAAGUCGUGGCUCUGCUAGGCGAACAAUCAAGUGCUGUUACCAUGCAGAUAGCUACGAUGUUGAGGCUGUUCAAGACACCAAUAGUUAGCUACAUGGCGACAUCACCGGCCCUCAGCAACCCAGACCGUUUUCCCACCUUCUUCCGCACAGUUCCCAGCGAUGUCAACCAGGCCAACGCGAUGCUGGAACUGAUAAGAAGGUUCAACUGGACGUAUGUAUCCAUCGUCUACUCAGACAGCGAGUACGGCAACCAAGGCUACGAGACUCUACAACAGCUAGCUCCAACCUACGGUGUUUGCUUCUCUACUCCUCUGCGUGUGAGUAAGGAGCACUUCAGUGACUUGGACUACGACCGCAUUGUAGAGCGACUCGCUAACAACUCUCACGCUAAAGUUGUGGUUGUGUUUGCUGAGAAGCCGACGGUUGUGUUGCGGUUGGUAGAGUCAACUAGGAGGAUGAAGGUGGACAACCGGUUUGUCUGGGUGGGCUCUCAUGGUUGGACAGUCACGGAUCACAGGGAUCAUCAUCUUCCAGUGUCCUCAACUCUAGAGGAUUCUUUGGGUACUGUCAAUCGUCCUAAUCACCGUAAUCGGCAGUUAACUAAAGAUGACUUGGAAAGCCACGAAGUCCUGGAAGGGGCUUUAGCCAUACAGCCUCUAGCAAGUCAUUUGGAAGGGUUUGAUGAGUAUCUUGCCGGCUUGACUGUGGAAAACCACGAGAAGGUGAAUCCGUGGUUUAAAGAAUACUUGGAGGCGUUCUUCCACUGUUCUUUCUACAACCAGUCAGAUCCAAAUGUGUCUGAGAGCUCUCAAGACUGCAGCACUGUGGACUUGACAAUCACAGAAGAUAAGGGUUUCCAACAACAUUCCUGUCUACACUUUGUGAGGGACGCUGUCUACGCAGUAGCGACAGCUCUACACAACAUGCACAGAGACAAGUGUGGUGGAUUGCCUGGUCUUUGUGCCAACAUGAGUCACAUAGAGAACAGCCAAGUCGUUGAAUACAUCAGGAAUGUCACUUUUAAAGAUGAGAAAGGAAACCCAUUCCGGUUUCUGAAGGGUCGGGAUGGACCACCCCGUUACUCAAUCUUGAACUUUCAGAGAACUGAUGUAAACGCAUUCCAGUGGCAGAUUGUGGGCAACUACACUUUGGAUGAAUACGGAUCACCCAAGUUGUUUCUAGACAGCAAGCGAAUAAGAUUCAGUCGAGAAUUAAAAGAUUUUCCAUCUUCAAGAUGCACACAAACUUGUGAUGAUCUGCAAAUUCGAAUAAGAGAGUACGACGACACAUGCUGUUGGUCAUGUAUAAACUGUUCUCCUUACGAGAGGAAAAUUGACGAUUUUCACUGCCAAGGGUGUGAUCGGGGAUUUUUGCCUUCUAGAAACAAAUCUGUUUGUGUGGAGAUCCCAGAAGAUUUCAUCAACUACACAAACCCAUGGGCAACUCCAGCCCUCAUCGUAGCCACAGAAUAA